ACUAAUCAAAUAGACCGUCUGCAAAAUUUAAUUUCUGUUGAAGUUUAUAUUAAAUGAUAGUAACUUGAUUCUGUGGCAACCCUUUCCUUAUUAACCAUCUUGACCCCACAAUUACAAUACCCCGUACCUAGCUUCCACACAACACAGCCAUGGCGGUUUUCUUCAAGACCCAAUUUUUAUUCAGUGUCUUGAUUUUUUCUUGUUUCUUUCCAUGUCAAAUAUAUGGGUCAAAGUCACUAUUUCAUGUAAAAGAUGUUCUGCCAUUAUUACCUGGAAAAGUUUCAUGGCCUAUUGUCAACUCCCUCUACAGUGCUGUAGACCUGUUGCCCUCUUUUAUGGGGGCUGCUUCAAUAUCAAAUAAUAAUACCCUUGAAUGGAAAGGUGCUUGCUUUUACAAGAAUACUGCCUGGUUGGAGCUUCACAACAAGACUGGAAGUCAGUUUGGCGGUGGCACCGUCCAUAUCAAGGUCAGCAAUGCACACAGUUACACUUGUAUGGACCUUUACAUCUUUGCGACACCAUAUCGUGUGACAUGGGAUUACUACGUUUUAUCACGUGAGCAUACUCUUGAAGUCAAGGAGUGGGAGUCUCAAGCUGAGCUAGAAUAUGUGAAACGUAAAGGCGUCUCAAUUUUCCUUAUGCAAGCAGGAAUGUUAGGAACCCUUUCAGCAUUAUGGGAUGUUUUCCCUUUGUUCACAAACACCGGAUGGGGUGAAAACUCAAAUAUUGGAUUUCUGAAGAAACAUAUGGGUGCUUCAUUUGACCAACGUCCUCAACCAUGGGUCAGCAACCUUACUACUGAUGACAUACAUUCCGGGGAUUUUCUUGCAAUAUCAAAAAUUAGAGGUCGCUGGGGUGGUUUUGAGACGUUGGAGAAAUGGGUAACUGGAGCUUAUGCUGGCCAUUCUGCUGUUUGCUUGAGGGAUGCUGAAGGAAAGCUGUGGGUUGGAGAAUCUGGAAACGAGAAUGAUAAGGGAGAAGAUAUAAUUGCUAUUUUACCGUGGGAGGAAUGGUGGGAGUUUGAGCUGACAAAAGAUGAUUCCAAUCCACAUAUUGCAUUGCUCCCUUUGCAUCCUGAUCUCCGCGCCAAGUUUAAUGAGACUGCUGCUUGGGAAUAUGCACGAAGCAUGGUCGGCAAACCUUAUGGUUUCCACAACUUAAUAUUUAGCUGGAUAGACACACUCGACGGAAAUUACCCCUCUCCCUUGGAUGCUCAUCUGGUUGCUUCUGUCAUGACUGUUUGGAAUCAAUUACAGCCUGCAUAUGCUGCUAACAUGUGGAAUGAAGCCUUAAACAAGCGACUUGGAACUCAGGGCCUUGGUCUUCCAGAUAUUCUUGUCGAAGUUGAAAAGCGUGGAUCAUCUUUUGCCAAAUUGUUGACUAUCCCAGAGCAGGAUGACUGGGUUUAUACUGAUGGGAAAUCAACGUCCUGUGUUGCUUUUAUUCUUGAAAUGUAUAAGGAAGCAGGACUAUUUGGUCCAUUUGCAGGUUCGAUCCAGGUUACAGAAUUCACGAUAAAGGAUGCUUACUCACUCAAGUUUUUUGAAGACGAUCCAAAUCGGUUGCCUAAGUGGUGCAACGCGGAUGAGACAGUGAAGCUCCCUUUCUGCCAAAUUCGAGGGAAGUACCGGAUGGAACUGCCUGGAUACAAUACAAUGGAUAUAUACCCCCAUAUGAAUGAAAAGUGCCCAUCUAUGCCUCCAAAAUAUUACAGGCCACUAAGUUGUUGACAAGGAUUUCAAUGGGCAACUAUCUUGCUGUGGUUUAAGGUAUAUGUACAAGAGAUGUUCUUCCAUGGCUUGUUGAAUGCUUUACAGGCCAGCAGGUUGGCUUUGACAAGAUAUCACUUGUAUUUAUGAGUUAGCGUUAUACUGAAAGAGCAUGGGAAAAGAAUACCGACUAACUAGUAUGCCAAAGCAGACUUAGUUUUAAGUGUAAAUAUUACUAGUAGUUUAGAUGAUUCGUUCUGUUUGCAAAACUUCAUAGAUCCCGAAACAAUCUUUUACUGUUGGUCGACAUAUGUACUGCACUAGCUAUUUUACUGUUGUAAUUUGUAGAAGCUUUUUGCUCAAGCAGUAAGUUAUAAUUGCCACAAAGACUGUUCUUUCUUUUGCUAUCCCAGCAAACUUCUCAGUUAUAUGGUAUACAGUCCUAUUA